AUGAUGGAUUUUGACGAGCGGGUACCCGUCGGGUCUAACAUGUAUCUGCCCGGCUGUGCUUAUUACGUGUCUGGAACGGAAUUUUCCAGCCUUCCUCCUUUUCUGCCCCAGACCCCGUCUUCGUGCCCCGUGACAUACUCAUACUCCACGUCCAGUCUGCCACAAGUUCAGACCGUUAGAGAGGUGUCUUUCAGGGACUAUGCCAUUGACGCGUCCAGCAAGUGGCACUCCAGGGGCAAUCUGCCACACUGCUACGCGCCCGAGGACAUGGUGCACAGGGACUGCCUGUCCAAUCCUGGAACUCUGGGGGACAUGCUGUCGAAAAAUAACUCGGUUCUCUACCACUCCAACGCGAGCCACACGUCCAACGUGUACGGCGGCGUGGGGAGGAACGGGGUGCUUCCCCAAGCGUUUGACCAGUUUUUCGAGACCGCGUACGGGAACGUGGAAAAUCAGCCGAGCGAGCAGCCGGUGGACAGAGCGAGCGGCAAGGCGCCUCCGCCCGCGGAAACGGGCGGCGACAGUUGUCGGGGAACCGAGGAGACGGAGCGCUGUGAGGAGACGAGCAGCCCGGAGCCAUCUUCCGGUAACAACGAAGAGAAAUUCAGCGGCGGCGGCAGCGGACAGAAGACGCGGAAAAAGAGGUGCCCUUACACAAAGUACCAGAUCAGAGAGCUGGAGAGGGAGUUUUUCUUCAGCGUUUACAUCAACAAAGAAAAAAGGCUGCAGCUUUCCAGGAUGCUCAACCUCACCGACCGUCAAGUGAAAAUAUGGUUUCAGAACAGGAGGAUGAAAGAGAAAAAACUAAACAGGGACCGCUUGCAGUAUUACACCACGAACCCUUUGCUCUAGAUCGACUGAGGGGUCGUUCGGGCGAGAUGGUUCGCUUCAAGUUCGUGGACGCACAGGAGGCGAGGAGCGACCUUCCUUCCUCGGAGAGACUUUUUUUUCAUCGACGUGGGCCUAAACAUAAACUUAUACUCUCAGUAAUCUCCACCGUUUGAAAUUAAAACUAUUAUUAUUAUUAUUAUUAAUGCCGUUGUUACUGUUAUUACUGGUAUUGUCAUUUGCUGUUAUUGCUUUCCCGUUCUUCUCAGUUUAGUGACUCUUCAGUUUACAGGGAUUUGAUUUGAUUAUUUUCUUUGCUAUUACUAUUAUCUGACCAAGACCUGUACUUUCGCGUAUGUUAUAGCAGCAAGUAAGCUAUAGGCUGUUCUUGAAAUCUGUUAUGUCUUCGGGGUUGGGAUAGAAAAAAAAAACUGUGGAGCUCGAGAUAUAAAUGCUAAUUGAAAAGGUGUUUUUUUUUUUACUCCUGUUAAAUACUCCUACUUGUGGUUUAUAUCGUUGGACUUUGUUUCACUGAAUAACGCACAUUUCACGAAUACAGCCUAAGCUUGUUGGCAACUAAACGCAUCGCGCGCGCUAUAUUCUCUUAUACUUGAACUGUGUGGACUGAAAGUGUAUAUUUGAUAUUAGGUGUCUUUGCUGCGCCUGUUUCCAGUAAAAUCGGGCGACUUGAGCGUGUUUAGAAAUGUCAUAAAAAAAAGAGAAAUUCUUAUUUAUUUUUGACGGACAUUGGACAUUAAGGCAUAAGCAAUAACCGAAGCGGCACGGACGCCGCUCGAGUCCUCUGAAAGCCCGAAGCGCGCUUCCUUCUUGAUUUCCGUGUUUCCCUCACGUUUGCCGCGUGAAACUGUAUAUCGAUGUUGCGGGAGCUCGUUCGUGUUCACGAUAAUCUCUCAUGUUUAUAACAUCUCUUCGGCGUUAUAUAAAUCAGUCUCUUGAAAUA